AUGUCCACUGGCUCCCUCAGCGAUGUAGAAGACCUUCAAGAAGUGGAGAUGCUGGAAUGUGACGCCCUGAAAGUGGACUCCAACAAGGAGUUUGUGACUUCCAACGAGAGCACGGAGGAGGGCUCCAACUGCGAGAACGGGUCUCCACAGAAGGGUCGCGGCGGCCUGGGCAAGAGGAGGAAGGCGCCCACCAAGAAGAGCCCGUUGAGCGGGGUCAGCCAGGAGGGGAAGCAGGUCCAGCGCAACGCUGCCAACGCGCGCGAACGGGCCCGCAUGCGGGUGCUGAGCAAGGCCUUCUCCAGGCUCAAGACCACCCUGCCCUGGGUGCCCCCGGACACCAAGCUCUCCAAGCUGGACACGCUCAGGUUGGCGUCCAGCUACAUCGCGCACUUGAGGCAGAUCCUGGCCAACGACAAGUACGAGAACGGUUACAUUCACCCAGUCAACCUGACGUGGCCCUUUAUGGUGGCCGGCAAACCCGAGAGUGACUUGAAGGAAGUGGUGACCGCCAGCCGCUUGUGUGGAACCACUGCGUCCUGA